AUGCAUUUGCGUAAAUUUUUCGAGUUUUUUAUACUCCUCUCGACAGCCGCAGGCCAAUCGAACGACAUUUGCGGCCCCAACAAUGGCAAGAGAUUCUACUUGGAACCGGGCGAGAGCGGCUCCCUCUCGGCCGACUACAAGCACAUCCUCUCGCCCCAAACCGGCAACAAUUCCUCAUACAACAAAUGCACGGUGGAAUUCAUAACGUGCCCUUCGUGCGUCAUAGACAUACAAUUCAGGUACUUGAACAUAUCGAGGAACUGCGGCAAAGCGUCCGUCUUCGAUUCGUGCGGGUGCGACUACGUGUGGAUCUACGAGCCCCAGAUAGAAGACGCCUCGGGCGAGCAGUUCUGCGGCCGGUUCGUCCGCAGCAACGCGUCCCAAUUGUCCUACACCAGCCAAACGAGGACCAUCGCCUUCACGUUCAUCUACAGCGUCGAGUACGGAUACGCCUUCACUCUGGAUUACAUCACUAAAAGGAACAGGUUCGUUUAUUGGGGCUAUCCCAAGCCGGGCAACAUGAACAACGCCAGUCAAUACGUUUCUUCGCCGUUUUUUCCUCACAUGUAUCCGAUCGAUUUGAGCGCGGAAUACAUCAUAAAUUGCGAGUCCGUGCUGGAGCCCUGUCGCAUCAAUUUGAUAUUCACCGAUUUUUUGCUCGAUCCGUCUUCCAUCGUCGAAUUUUUCGACUGGAACGGCCAGCGGAUGUACGUGAUAUCGGGCAACAUUUUCAGACCGCCGGUCAUAACCAGCAACGGCCCGUCUUUGGUGGUGAGAUUCUACGCUAACGGAGCCACAAAUCUCGGCUUCAAAGCGGCCUAUUCGUUCGUUUUGGGCAACAUACACGAUUCUGCCUUCAAACCUUACAUAGGUUGCGGAGGCAACGUAAAUAACCUAGGCGGCGGGAUAACCAUGAUGAACAUGGUAACGAAAGGCACCACUUUAUUCGAUUGCGUGUGGAUCGUCAAACCGCCGGAAAAUCUCAGGCAUAGGAAAACGCACUUGUACGUUAAAGUGGCGACUUUUCUAGAGUUCGCGGGUACCACCGAAUUGACCAUCAGACAAGGCGUAACUUCGAAUCAACCUUCCGUGGAAAUUCUGAGGCAUCCUAUGGUGCAUUACGGUAAUUCCAAACAAGUCGAGCACGUCGUACCGAUCAAUCAAGGAUUUUACAUCAGACUGCGCGGCAUUUUCACCCCUAAAUCGCAACUGGCUAUUUUAUACGCCGCUUUCAAUUACAAAGAUUGCUUCGGAGGAUCGGAUUUUUUGUGCCACAACUUGAGGUGCAUUUCAAUAUUGUUGUAUUGCGACGGUUUCGAUCAUUGCGGCGACGAGAGCGACGAAUUGAACUGCUAUCAGGAUCCUAAAGACCAUCGCGAGUUUUCCAAAAUCCCGAAUUUUUUGUUCCCGAAAGAGGAGCCUUAUUCGAACAUAACGACGGCUACGUUCGUGUUCUUGACCUGCAGUUUCGGUUUGAUCGGUAUUAUUUUAGCGAUGGCUUUGCUUCUGUAUAGAGUGAACGUGAGAGCUCAACAUCAACGGCAAAUCCAGGAUCACAUCGAAACCAUCCACGCCAUAUUAGAGGAAAGUGUGGGCGAUAUAGAAGAGGAAAUAAUCGUACCGGACGAACCUCCCGACUACGAACCUCCACCGGAAUACAACGAGCUGUUGAAUUUGAAGCACCUAAAAAGCGUCGGAGAAGUCAAAAUCGAUCUAAACAGAUGCUCGAGGUGCAAUUGCCUCACGGAAGAAGCCCCAUCGAUGGCCAACGACAAUCUACUAUCCAACGCGAGUACCAGCCAAACUUGUUACUCUUCCUCUUCGAUUCGCAUUCCAGAUUCUCCUCCUCCAGCCUACGAUAACUUAUCCAUAGCGGCUGUGAAUAAUUCCGAAGAUACCAGUAGCAUUUCCAGCGAAACACUCAUCGAAUCUGCGAACAUUCAUAUCUCUACAGCAGGCCCGUCUAAUGCGAUUGAUGAGGAUUUGGUCAAAGGCAAGGCGGCGAAAUGCCUGGAGAAAUUUCCGAAAUACUCGCGGAUUUACAAGGAAAUAAAGAAGGGCAUCCGCAAGUGCCAGUCGAUGAAUCUCCUGCGACACGCCAGGCGGACGAUCAGUUUAUCGGAGGAGAAUUUGGUGAGGUACUUCUCGGAUUCCGAGUUGAUUUUCAAUUCGAAAGUGAGCAUAAGCAGCGUCGCGGCGGAGGGCGUCGGAUUUAGGAGGAGCUUCUCGGGCGGCGGUUUCUCCACCGUUUAG